UUUAAACCUCGAACCCCUCCUCAAGCACCUUGACAGUGAGUUCAGAAGCAAAAUGAAGAUGUUGUUCCUUCUGGUGAUCGCAGCUACUGUCCUGCCUUCUUCUGGCAUCAAUGUCAAUGGGACAAUCAACAACGAUGGAGUUUGUCUCUGCUCUGUGGUUUUGCCUGAUACAUCAUUCCCGGUGGAAAAGGUGGAAUAUUUGGAAAUAACAUCACAGGAGCUCAAAAGCAGCGUGGAACAGGAAAUCAGCAAGGUACAGGAAUACUCAAGGGCUGUCUCUGUACACUCCUCCAAGCUGCUGAAUCUGACACGCCGCCUGGAAAAGAUGGAAACUGGUCAUUCCUACACUCAGCUCGACUUUGAGCUGCUGAAACUGGAGAUCCAAGAACUAGAGACACUCACCAAUCAGCUGAGGAACUCCCUUAACAACAGCAACAGCAUUAUCGAUCAGCUUUACGCUAAGAUUACAAAUAUGUCACGCACUGUCAGUGAGCUGGAAUCGUUUGACACACAAAAUGUGCUGGCAUUCCGCAAAGAAAUUGCACUGCUGAGGAAACAGCUUGCAGACUGUGAGAAGAAUCAAGCCCCACCAACUCAUGCUCCCAUUGAAUACGGAAGCUGCGAUCAUAAUGGCAUUCUCCAAAUAGGCGGACCUACUGUAAUACAACUGAAUUAUAAUGGAUUUAGUUAUAAAUAUGGAGGGUGGGGUAAAGAUUCAAUUCCACCCCCUAAUAAAAAGGAGCUGUAUUGGGUGGCACCACUCUACACAGAUGCACGAACGCUGUACUCCUUCAGAGUGUAUUACUCACACGAUGAUUUGCUUCUCUACAAAAAUUCAAUAACUGAAACAUUUUCAAGUUCUACAUACAGAGCACAGGGAAGUGGAAUGGUUUUGUUCAAUAAUUCCUUGUAUUACAACUGUUACAAUUCUAGGGACAUGUGCAGGUAUAACAUAGACACAGGCAGUGUGCAAAGAGAAACUCUUAGAGGUGCAGCGUUCAAUAACAGGUAUUCUUACGCGGGGAUCACAUACCAAGACAUGGACUUUGCUGUGGAUGAAACUGGCCUCUGGAUUAUUUACUGCCCUGAAGCAAAUGCUGGAAAUGCUGUUAUUGGUAAGAUUAAUGUGACCACCUUCACUGUGGAAAAGACAUGGGUCACCAGGCUGUUUAAACCUAGUGUGACCAAUGCUUUUAUGAUAUGUGGGGUUCUGUAUGCAAUUCGGCCUGUGAACCCACAGUCUGAGGAAAUUUUCUACACAUUUGACACCAGAACUGGGCAGGAAGGUAGGGUUUCUAUAAGGAUGGGUAAGGUCUUGGAAAAACUGCAAAGUGUUAACUACAAUCCAGCUGAUCACAAACUCUACGUAUACAAUGAUGGUUACCAGCUGACUUAUGAUGUCAUGUUUAGACAUGAACCACCAGUGAGCAGCAGUGUUGCCAACUGAGUAGUUAGCAAUUAACAAACCAAACGACUAGGUUUGGAACUUAAUUGGGGGGGGGGGGGGUGGAAUCUAGGUCCAUUGAGAAAUUUCUGUGCUUGAAUCUCAGAUUAGAUUUAGACAACACAUUAUCUACUUCUUCCCACCACAGAUUUAGCCUCAGUUUUACAGCUGGCAGCUGUUAUCACAAAAUGCAGCUUUGGUGCAAUAAUUAAACUUAGAAUAGGGGUGAAAUUCUAAUCUGCCAUCGAAAGAUAACAGGUAGGCCAGGUCUGUGUGGAGUUGUAACUGAACUGAGCUCUCAUGGAACCAUCACUUUCAAGGUGAAGAGGUUUACCUCCAGAAUGAUGGUAACAUUCUGACUGUGUGAUUAAUUCUCGAUGUUACAGUUCGUUUAAUAUCUGGACAACCAUCUUGUUGGAUAACAUGCCAUUGGUGGAAAACUCAUUUGUGAUUGUUGUAUUCAUUCAUUUUCUGUCUUUCUUGAAUUGUUAUUGAAAACAUUUGCCAGAUGCAAAUGGUUUGGAGACUUAUUCUGGAAUUCUUGGCAAAUUUAAUAAUAAAUAUCAACAUCUACAAUGAGUUCA